CAUUGAUAUCAAAAACAACGCAAGUAUUGUGGGUUUAUCUAGUAAAAAGUAAAUAAAAAAUUACUUUAACAAAUAAAACCAUCCAUCGUUCUCUCCUUAAAGUGCAAUUGGUAUUUGAAGUUCUUCAUUGUGGUUGGGAAACAUUUUUGAGCCGGACCAUUUUCCUAUCAGAAGAGAAUCAACAAAGCGGCCUUAAGGCAGAGAUUUUUUUCCCCGAUUGAAGUGCAACAAACAGUCCUCAAAAGUGUCCAAAGAUGUCGACUCAAUUCGCCUUGUUUGCUGUUUUGCUGUCUGUUUUUGCAUCCCUAUAUGUUCAUGCGAAUAUUUUGGACGGCGGACACCCGAGAAUGAUGGAUUUGGCAGACUCGCCCGACGCUAAGAGACUGUGGGACUACCAGGGCAAACGAAGCGAGGAAAACGAUGAGCAGAAACGACUUUGGGAUUACCAGAGAAAACGAAGUGACGACUCGGAGGAAAAACGUCUAUGGGAUUAUCAGCUCUCCGGCUAUCAGGCAAAACGAAGUGGAGAAGAGAGCAAACGUCUGUGGGACUAUCAGCACAAGAGAGGAGGAGACUCCGUUUUGGCCGAAGACCUCGGAGAGCAAAAGAGACUAUGGGACUACAGGUUCAAACCCAAGAAGACAGUCGCCUCCUCUGAUUUUGCCUAGUGUUCAACCACAGCCAGUCCAAAUCGAAUCAAACCCUUCGGAGUAAAGUGGAUCAAUUACAAUUUCCCGAUGUUUGGAUCAAUUACAAUUUCCGAAUUAUAGUUUUUAUUGAUAUCAAAUGAUGAAUGAUGAUCAUAGUAUGUAAAAAUAUUGGAGACAAAAUUGAAGUUAAAUUCUCCAUUCGAAA